GCACACCCCUGCCUCCGCCCCUACGCCUCCGCCGCCCAACUGCCGGCCACUCGCCGUUCGCCGCUCUCAAUCGGAAGCCCCCGCGGGGCCACAGCGCCGCUCGCCAUCGGAAGUUCGGAACCCCCGGAGCGCGCGCUGCUCUCCAUCGGAAGUUCGGAUUCUUCAGAACCCUCCCCGCUCCGGGCCGCGCACCGCUCGCCAUCGGAACCCCCCACGAGGCCGCGUGCUGCUAGCCAUCGGAAGUUUGGAACCCCCGGCCGCUCGCCGCUCGCCAUCGAAAGCUCGGAACCCUCCCCGCCCCGGGCCGCGCGCUGCUUGCCAUUGCAACCCCCCGCGGGGCCCGCACGCCGCUCGCAAUCUGGUUCCGACUUCCGAGUUCUGCACGCCCAUUUCAUCUGGAAAAAAAAAGAACAAACGCAGAGAGAGAUCUUUAUUGAACUCUUCGACCAUUUAAGACUUAGGAGGAGCAGACGACACACCUUUCUCGCUCUCUUGACCUCUCCCUACCUUUCUCUUCUUGGUAUCGCAUUCGCCGACAAUGGGCCCUCCGAACCAGACCACUUCUUUGCAACGCCUCCACCAUGUCGAGAAGCGGAUCGUGCGACUGCUGGAGUUGGCGGGGUCGGUGAUGGACGAGCUGGCCAACUCCACUGGGCCUAGGACGGAAGCCCUCACUGCUCAUUGCCGCGAGUUCAUGUUGGCCAUCAAGGAGAUCCAAACAACCUUGCGGGAGGAAAUCAAAAGUGCUUGUGAGUAUCGUCCAUUUGAGAAAUGCGACUAUAGUGCCAGAAUUUCUAAUGAGAUAUGCUGUAAGAAGUUGGAAUACAUAAUUGAACAGUUGGACUGCAUGCAACAAAAUCUUGAACAUAGUUCAAAUGGAAGUUAGAAUCUAUCUGAUCGACGGUCAGGGUCAGGACCAAGGUUUCCAUCUUCAUCUGCUGCAGAUAGUGAAGCUGUUUCUAUGCUAGCAAUGACUUAGAUGACAACUGGGAUCUGCUAGAAGGUGAUCUUCCUUAUUGAAACUUGUGACAACUGGGAUUUGCUAGAAGGUGAUCUUCCUUUCAAUAACUUGUAAGCAAUUUACUACGCGGUUUCUGCACUUGCAGCUUUGUUUAGCGAAUGAAUCGAAUUGGAGGUACCGAUGAAUUGUAUAGAUUGCUUCUCCUCCUUCCAUGAACCAUGAUGUGGCAGAUUGAGUUCAAUGGCAUAUUUCAAUCUUUAGAAUUUUUAUGAUGUUAA